UUCGACAAAACCGAUAGUUAUAUAUUUAUAACUUCAGUGGGGCAAGUGGUUAAUUUUUUUAAAACUAGGCCAAAGUCAUAGAUUUCUAGAACCUGUUAAUAAAAGGACUUGAAAGACCUAUUUCAGAUAUAGCUGCGCGUGCAGAAAGCUAUACAACAUGGCGCUGAGAACGCUCCUCCUGUGCGGUGUGGUUGUACUGGCAUUCACCAAUCCAGUGUCCAGCGGACUGUCUCUAUCGUCACUUUCGAACAGAGUCGACCGUUUGGAAGCUUUAUCUGCAGACGGCCUUUUCCCGGGGAAUAACGUGUCCUAUUCUGCAGACAUCAAGUCAUGCCCGUCAGAGUUCUACAUGCACCGCCCCACUUUUGCCUGUUACCGGAUUAUGAAGGAAGUAAAGUCGUGGUACGAGGCCCGAGAGGAAUGCCACACCCAGGGGGCUGACCUGAUCUGGUACGAGAACCCGGUCGAGUAUAGACACGUGGUCAUCAAACUCCUCACCUCUCUCACAGAGUCGAAAGAUUACAACAACGCAGGCUACUGGUCAGGGGCGAAUGACAUUACUGGAGAUGAGCAGCUUCUUCAGUAA